AUGAUGGGUCGCUUCGUCGAAUUGUUCUUCUGCCAGCAGCCUCGUUGGAACAUCCACAAGAGAGAUAUCCCAUGGAGUAUUUACAUGACGCACGAUGUGUUUCUUCAAGCAACGACGUACCUUGUCGUUUGCAGCACCAAGCAGUCUCGCAACGGAAUUGUGAAAGAACGGCUGGAGGACAUGUUCACAUGUGGGCAAGGCGAGUCAAGCAUUCCUGGAAAAUUCAUUGACCCAUUCAUGCUGCACUUGACCAUCACCCAAGAGGCAUUCUUGGAGGCCAAAUCUAUCAUCACAGACAUGCGAUACCGGCUAUACGAUCAGCUGGAUCAGGUCGACCGCGCAGAUAUGGCGAACCUGAUUUUGCGGCGUAUUUCGGACGCACAUCGCCGCUACGCAUCGUUCGAACGGGACCAGAGCAGAAAGGAUGCGUUGGAGAAGACAAGAGACGCCAUCAACUACCUGUCUAUUUCCAUCGAGUCUCAACUUCGGUGGCUGGCCAGCUACAAGUCUCGGAAAGAUAUCGCUAUGAACCUCGUAAGUGUCAAUAUGAGCUGGAAGGUCACAGAACUAAUAGCUCGAAGGUCUUCAACCUCGUAA